AUGGCGAACCUGCGGGGCCUUGCCUCGCGCAAGCGACGCCGCGCAUCAACCAUUGUUGAGUCCGACGCCGGCGUGCCGGAUACCGAUGAGGAUGUCAGGAUGCUUGAUCCUUCUCCCAGUCGCAGCCGGAGUUUAUGGAGUGGGAGCACCAAUGGCGACACGACGGCAGCGGGAACAUCCGCCUCAUCCCCGGGCGGGCCGCCGGAAUCGUCCCCCUCCUCCACGUGUGGAUCUCAACAGGUCCGAACCAAGUUCAUCAUCGGGCUCGACUACGGCACCACCUUCUCCUCCGUGUCCUACGUCAAGUUCGAUCCUGAUAACCCACCCGUGACUCUACGCGGCGAGCAGAUCCAUUCCGUCACACAUUGGCCGGGCGCUGGUAGCCGCUCCCGCAAUCCAGAUGUACCCAGUGAGAGUUGGUAUCUCGGGGAUGAAUUCCACUGGGGCUACGGGGCUCGGAGGGCUAUCCUGGAGAGUGAUGAUGAUAACUUAGAUUGCAGAAACCGGAUUAUUCAAUAUGCGAAGUUGCUCCUUCCGGGGGACCAGAAGGAUACUAGAGGGCCCCGCCAAGAGCUGAAGAGAACCUUACACAGAGCUAAAAAGGACGAAGUGGAUGUGACCAGAGACUACCUGCGCGAGGUGCUGAAACAUACCAAGGAAUUUCUGGAGGACAGGGAAGGGUUUGAUGCCAAGUGUGAGGUUGAACUCGUUUUCUGUGUCCCUGCCGGGUGGCCGCACAAAGCCAUACGUACCAUGCAGGAAGUCUUGCUGGAUAUCGCACGUGGAAUCGAACUAGGGGACCUUACUCCUCCAUAUGUACUCAAUGAACCUGAAGCUGCUGCUGCGUAUAUCCUCGAAGCAGGGUCGGGAAUCGAAAAAAUGACUGCAGGCGAAGUUUUCAUCGUCUGCGAUGCAGGUGGUGGUACCGUGGAUGCGAUCACGUACAAGGUCGACCGGGAACGACCGUUUCGGGUGCAGGAAGUUGUGGCACCCACAGGGAGUAAUUGUGGCUCAAGCUACGUGAAUCAAGCUCUCAAAGAAAAAGUUAUCAACCGAAUCAAAAGCACCCCCUACACCUCGGUGCAGGGACCUUCCCUUGAGUAUACCAUUGAGAAUGGGCUCAUGAUCAACUUUGAAUAUGAGGUUAAAAGAGACUUCAAACCCCGGGCUGGGCUAGAUGGGACCACAGUGCUGCCCAUUCCUGGUCUUCAGAGAAAUGAAGCAUUGGGAUUCGGGAGUGGAACUAUCCAUAUUUCAAGACGCGAAGUUGCGGGUCUUUUUAAGCCGAGUUUGCAGGGCAUAAGCAAACUCAUUAGCCAGCAGAUCAGGGCCGUGGCAGCUAAAGGCCUGAACGUUGAGAAAAUUCUCCUGACCGGGGGCUUUUCAGAAGCCCCCAUUUUCCGUGCACAUAUAGAGGCGGAAUUCAAGGAUUUGAAGCAGAUGUAUGCGCCUAGAAAUCUGGAUCCCACCGUCGCUGUUUCCCACGGCGCAGUCUUCCGUGCGAUGAACAAAUCGGACGGCCCUAAGCGAAUAGUGCAGUCAAACUUUGGAUUCCUCCAGAUAGAGGAGCGGAACCUGAGGCUGUCAGCCCAUAGGGUGGCGACCCCGACUGAUGGAGAACAUGAUGGCAAGAUGUAUAUACAUGAUGUUCUAGACUGGGUGAUAAAAAAGGAAUUGGUACUGAGCAAACACCAGAAAUUCCGAACUCGGAAUUGGCAGGUCUUCGGUAUCAAUAACGAGCUCGUCAUCUAUCAGAAAGUUUGGGUGUCUGAUUUUGACAACGCCCGUGAUCAUUACCAAGCAGAUAGCAAACCCAAUAAAGGCGCUGAGGUUUUCGGAAUGCUGCAAAUAGAUUUCGACCCCGUCAGGGAAGAGGGGUUGUUGGAGGUUAAGUCGGGCCGUCGUGGAAAAUACUACGAGAUUCAUUACGAGCUGGCCAUGGAGGUCGAUGGAAGAAACCUGACUGUGAAGGCAUUCUGUCCCCCUGGAGGGCAGUGUCGGGCAGAGACCCAGCUUUGUAUUGCCGCAGCGUUCAUCCCCGGAACCGAUUGA